AUGCUGUUCGACCGGUUAAGCCCGCCAGCGGCGCCGUUCUAUAACGGACUGGAGGUUGCCACGCAAGCAAAUCCGUGGCCCCGGGUAAAUCACGUCCGGAGAGCGAGCGUCAACAGCUUUGGCUUCGGCGGCGCCAACGCCCAUAUCAUCCUUGAAAACUACGACCCCGCGGCUGGGGUGGCCAAGGAUUCUAUCAGAGACACUAGCAAACAUCCGGCCACCUUCACCCCCUUCAUCUUUUCUGCGGCGUCCGAAACAGCUCUCGAGGAGAUGCUACAGGCAUACGUUGUGCAUUUGACCGAGCAACCACAGUUCUCGCCACCCGACCUUUCCCACACGCUAUAUGCUAGAAGAUCCGGCUUAGGGGUGCGAGUGGCAUUACCGGCUUCGAUGUCACCGGAACGCCUCGCCUGCUCUAUUACAGACUACCUAGAACUCGUCCGUGCUCGUCAGAAACACAAGGGGCGCCUGACAUCAGCAUCGAUCGUCUUGGUAGACCUGCUAUAUGCCGCCGGGGUUGAGUUUGCAGCCGUUGUUGGCCACUCCUCGGGGGAGAUAGCGGCAGCAUACGCUGCAGGCAUGAUCAGCGCCGAAGAAGCAAUCAAAAUUGCCUACUAUCGUGGCUGGUGCCUUCAGCGGUAUGUCUCGGCUCAAGGGCGUAUAAUGGCUGUCGGGACCUCGCUCGAGAACGGGAGCGAACUAUGCGGUCUACAGGAAUUCGAUGGCCGGCUAUACGUGCAUUCUGGUACAAUGAUGGGAACAGCAGCGCAUCUUCAAUCCCUCAAAGGAGAGUACUGGAAGCACAACAUGCUACAGCCGGUUCUAUUUGCCCAGGCCAUUGAGGUAGCUGCCAGGAUGAACCAAGAUGCGCCCUUCAACAUGGCCAUUGAGGUAGGCGCUCAUCCAGCGCUAAAAGGACCAGCAACGGAAACACUGGCCGCCAUAUAUGAAGGGAGCCAGCCGUCUCCGCCGAUAUACACGGGUACCCUGCAGCGUGGCACAGAAGAAGACACUGGAGCUUUGUCUGCCACGCUCGGGUUCGUAUGGAGCCGGUUCGCAACGACCAUCGUCGACUUCAUCAAGUACGAGGCCGUUGCAACAGGGUAG